AUGGCUGUCUCUGCUCUUGAUUCUCGCAUCUUCCGGAACCUGUUUGGAACACAGGAAAUCCGCGACAUCUUCACUGAUGAUGCGUUCUUCUUUGAGGGAACGACACGCUUACAAACCCUCAGUCCAAUGGCAGGUCGCACGCAUCUGCAACAUGCUCUCCCCUGUACCUUUGGCUACAAAUGCGCCGUAUACUUGUCAAGCAUCCUCCGACACCUGGAGCGCAUCGAAGAAAUCAAACAAAGAUGUUUGCUCGUGCAGUUUGGAGGGGCCGCCGGUACUAUUGCUUCUUUGGGAUCAGAUGAUGCAGGUCUACGAGUCCGCGAACAGCUUGCAACGGAACUCGGCCUACAGAACCCUCCGAUAACAUGGCAUGUGGCACGAGACAAUGUGGCGGAAGUCACGAAUUACCUAGCCCUUGUUGGUGGUACGCUGGGUAAAAUCGCAAUGGAUCUUAUGAUCAUGUCUUCCAACGAAUUCGACGAGGUAUCCGAACCAUUUGUACCUCAUCGCGGAGCUUCAUCAACUAUGCCACAGAAGCGUAACCCAAUCUCGAGCGAGGUGAUCUUAGCGGCUUCUAAGAUGCUGCGAGCAAAUGCCUCUCUGGGCCUAGAUGCUAUGAUUACUGAUUUCGAACGUGCUUCUGGGCCGUGGCAUCUAGAGUGGGUGGCCGUGCCUGAUUCAUUUGUCACUGCUGUUGGCGCCCUUCACCAAACUAAUUUUGCCUUGAGUGGACUGGUCGUGAAAACAGAUUCGAUGGAACGUAAUUUACAUUCUACCAGGGGUCUGAUUGUGGGCGAAGCAGUUAUGAUGGCUCUCGCGCCUCACAUUGGACGACAAAAGGCACACGAUGAGGUCUAUGAAGCUUGCAAAUCAGCUAUUGAGCAGGACAAGUCCCUUCUGGAAGCCUUGCAGAAUUCCCCCAUUUUGAGUAGCAUCUUCACACCGGAGAGACUGGCAGCAUUGUGUGAUCCAUUAAAGUACAUGGGUGCCAGUCAGCUGAUGGUUGAUGAGAUGGUGAAUCGGUCCAAGUCGUUGGCGUCUCUCAAAAACAAUGUAUAUACAAAUGGUCAUUGA